GCGUCGGCUGGCGGCUGCGGCUGAGAAGGAAAGUGGCCAUGGAAGACCUGGGGGAAAACACCACUGUCUUAUCCACUCUGAGGUCUUUGAACAACUUCAUUUCUCAGCGAGUGGAGGGAGGAUCUGGACCGGAUAUUUCCACCUCUGCCCCAGGUUCUCUGCAGAUGCAGUACCAGCAGAGCAUGCAGUUGGAAGAAAGAGCAGAGCAGAUCCGUUCCAAGUCUCACCUCAUCCAGGUGGAGCGGGAGAAGAUGCAGAUGGAGCUGAGUCACAAGAGGGCUCGAGUGGAGCUGGAGAGGGCGGCAAGUACCAGCGCCAGGAACUACGAGCGCGAGGUUGACCGCAACCAGGAGCUCCUGUCACGCAUUCGGCAGCUACAGGAGCGGGAGGCUGGGGCGGAGGAAAAGAUGAAGGAGCAGCUGGAGCGUAACAGGUUGUGUAAGCAGAGCCUGGACGCUGCCAACAAGAAGCUGCGGGAGAAGGAGGACAGCCUGGCCGAAGCCGGUGAGACCAUCAGCAUGUUAAAGGGGAGGAUCUCAGAACUGCAGUGGAGUGUGAUGGACCAGGAGAUGCAGGUGAAGCGCCUGGAGGCUGAGAAGCAGGAGCUGAAGGAGCAGCUUGACAUGCAGCAUGAAAAAUGGCAGGAAGCAAAUAAAAAAAUUCAGGAACUUCAGGCCAGCCAAGACAUGAGAGCAGACCAUGAGCAGAAGAUCAAGGAUUUGGAGCAGAAGCUGUCCCUGCAAGAGCAGGAUGCUGCAAUUGUGAAGAACAUGAAGUCUGAGCUGGUGCAGCUCCCCAAAAUGGAGCGGGAGCUGAAGCAGCUGCGGGAAGAGAAUGCUCACCUGCGGGAGAUGAGAGAGACCAACGGGCUGCUCAGAGAGGAACUGGAAGGGCUUCAGAGGAGGCUGGGGCGCCAGGAGAAGAUGCAGGAAACUCUGGUUGGUUUGGAACUGGAGAAGGAGAGGUUGCUGGUGAAGCUGCAAAGCUGGGAGAGACUGGACCAGAGCACGGGCUUGAACAUCAGGUAG